UUUCUUGUAGAGAAUUACAAAGAGUUUUUAAUAUUUGUGGGGACUUUGAAUAUUGUUUUGGACAAUCUAUUGAGUCUUUUUUUCACACACUAUUUGCUUACCUACUUUCAAUCUACUACAAAGUUUCAAAAAAGAAAAAAAAAUACAUUAUAUAUCAAUCACAUUACCAUAAAUUCACUCAAAAUUCAUCUCAUUUUUUGCCAAUUGUUCUAAUGUUCUCUCCAUAAACAUACACCAAAAUCUCGAAUUUUCGAUUGAAUAAUUCGUCGUUCAAAAAUUCUUUAUACUGUCAGUGUGGUGACGAGUAAUGUCGAAAAUAGUAGCGGAGAAUAUGUUGCAAGGUGGAGAAAGUGGACAAUUUUAUGAUCAUCAAAGAGUACAACAACAAUCCAUGCAAAUGUCGCAAGCUAGCGCGUACUCUUCACCCACCUUAGGUCAAAUGCUAAAGCGCGUGGGCGACGUAAGAAAAGAAGUCACCGGCGAUGAAACUCCGGUGCAUCGGAUUCUCGAUAUGAGUGAAACUUCAAGCAUGUCCCAACAUUCUCUCCCUUUUAUACUCUCAUUCAACAACCUCACCUAUAGAGUAAAAACUCGCCGGAAAAUGACUUUUCCGGCUAUUCUCCGGCGACCACCUGUCACCGAGGAUGAUCCCAUCCCCGGAGAAAAUCUUUUCACGAGGACUAAAGUCCUCCUGAAUGAUAUCUCUGGGGAGGCUAGGGACGGCGAGAUAGUCGCCGUCCUAGGAGCAUCAGGAUCAGGAAAAUCGACCCUGAUAGAUGGACUCGCUAAUAGGAUAGCGAAGGAGAGCCUUGGAGGAACGAUAACAUUAAAUGGCGAACCGCUCGAUUCGAGAUUAUUAAAAGUAAUAUCAGCAUACGUCAUGCAAGAUGAUCUUUUAUAUCCUAUGUUAACAGUUGAAGAGACAUUAAUGUUUGCAGCUGAAUUUAGAUUGCCUCGUACUUUGUCAAAAUCAAAGAAGAAAUUGAGAGUACAAGCUUUGAUUGAUCAAUUGGGACUACGUAAUGCUGCAAAAACUAUCAUUGGUGAUGAGGGUCAUCGUGGAGUCUCCGGUGGUGAACGAAGGCGAGUGUCGAUAGGAAUUGAUAUUAUUCAUGACCCCAUCAUAUUGUUUCUUGACGAACCAACUUCAGGUCUUGAUUCGACUAGUGCAUACAUGGUGGUGAAAGUUCUUCAAAGAAUUGCUCAGAGUGGAAGUAUUGUGAUCAUGUCAAUUCACCAACCAAGUUAUCGAAUCCUCGGGUUAUUGGAUCGGAUGCUCUUCUUGUCUCGUGGUCAAACGGUCUAUAGCGGGUCACCUAUGAACCUCCCACAUUUCUUUGCUGAUUUCGGUCACCCUAUACCUGAUAGUGAAAAUCGAACAGAGUUUGCCCUGGACUUAAUUCGCGAGUUAGAAGGAUCCCCAGGAGGGACAAAAAGUCUGGUUGAGUUCAACAAAACAUGGCAAAAUACUAAAAGGAGUAAUCAAAAUCUCGAAACAGUAACACCUACACAUGGUUUGUCAUUGAAAGAAGCGAUUAGCGCAAGCAUUUCUAGAGGUAAAUUGGUUUCAGGUACAACAAGUGAUAUUCAUACUAGUCCGGCUUCAAUGGUUCCUACUUACGCGAAUCCCUUUUGGAAAGAAAUGAUUGUGUUGUCUCAGAGAUCUUUCACGAAUUCUUGGAGGGUGCCCGAGCUAUUUGGCAUCCGGCUAGGGGCUAUCGUGGUCACCGGGUUCAUCCUAGCUACCAUGUUUUGGCAACUUGAUGAUUCCCCUAAAGGGGUUCAAGAAAGACUCGGUUUCUUUGCAUUCGCGAUGUCAACAACUUUCUACACUUGCGCGGACGCCUUGCCUGUUUUCCUACAAGAAAGGUACAUUUUCAUGAGGGAAACCGCUUACAAUGCUUAUCGAAGAUCUUCAUAUUGUCUCUCUCAUGCUAUAGUUUCUCUACCAGCAUUGAUCUUUCUUUCAUUUGCAUUCGCCGCGAUAACAUUCUGGGCUGUAGGUCUGGAUGGUGGAUUCUCCGGGUUCUUGUUCUAUUUCGCGAUAAUCCUAGCCUCAUUCUGGGCCGGGAACUCAUUCGUGACAUUCCUAUCCGGUGUAGUCCCUAGUGUCAUGUUGGGUUACACGAUUGUUGUCGCGAUCCUAGCCUACUUCCUCCUAUUCUCUGGGUUCUUCAUGAACCGCGACCGGAUCCCACCUUAUUGGAUUUGGUUUCACUACCUAUCUCUGGUGAAAUAUCCUUACGAAGCCGUUUUACAAAAUGAAUUUGAUGAUCCAACUAAGUGUUUUGUCAAAGGGAUUCAAAUGUUUGAUAAUUCACCACUUGGAAAUGUACCAAAUGCAUUGAAAGAAAAAUUGUUGAACACAAUGAGUAACACAUUGAAUGUUAAAAUUAGUAGUUCAACAUGUGUUACUACUGGGGCUGACAUUUUGGUUCAACAAGGGAUAACUGAUUUAAGUAAAAUGAGUUGUUUGUGGAUUACUAUUGCAUGGGGAUUUUUCUUUAGGGUUUUGUUUUACUUUAGUUUGUUACUUGGAAGUAAAAACAAGAGAAGGUGAUGUAACACAACUCAAUCGAUCGGCCGACAGUCUGUCACAAAGGUGAAUUCAGAAAUUCAAAUACAGAUCGAGUUUGAGUUCAAGACAAGAUCCGCCCGGCCGACAGUCUGUCAGACAGGUGAAUUCAGAAUUUGAAUACAGAUCGAGUCUGAGCUCAAGACAAGAUCCAUUUUCACGCUAUGGAAUGUUCGUCUUUUUUUCUUUCUUUUCUUUUCUUUUUUUUUUUUUGGAAGAAAAAAUGUAUUUUUUUAGAUUUUUUUUUUCACUUGAAAUGUGUACUCUUUUAUUGUAAUAGAAUAAAUGUAAUAUUUUUUUGACAUUCUAAUUGAUUGAUUAUUGUCUCAAAG